ACACGUUCGCGUAAAAUAAAAUAGAUGGAGAAGGCUAUCCGGCACUCUUUGACACGGAGAGUUCCCGUAAGCCUAGUUGACAACUCGCCUACUGUCCCUUUGUGACCAGCUUUUCGGCAGAAUGCCCGGUCUAUGCUUGUUUUGUCUCACUGCCGUGCUGGCUGCAUUCACACGGUUCGCGGAGACCAUGGGGACGGUGGUCAGAUGCGAGCCGUGUGACACCGUGGCUCUCAUGCAGUGCAAGCCUCUGGCAAAAGACUGCGCCGACAGGGUAAGGGAGCCUGGCUGUGGGUGCUGUCUGACGUGCGCCCUUGCGGAGGGUCAGGCGUGUGGAGUGUACACCGGGCGUUGUGGCUCCGGGCUGACUUGUCAGCACCAACCCGGGGAGACCCGACCACUGCAAGCCCUGCUAGAGGGACGGGGAGCGUGCUCCAGCGUCGCGUCCAAAACACUCAGCCCCAUUCUGCUCCCCACAGAGAAACAAGAGAACGCAGGCAGGGAGCAGGUGGUGGCGGGGGAAGAGUGGCGUACCAAUGUCACUGUGAUGACUACCAUGGCGGUGGGUGUGGUUGUUGUUGAAGGCGGAGGCGGCAAACACCGAGUGGCGAUAGAGGCCAAACCGCCGCUGCAACCCAAGCCGGAUGUGAUCAAGAAGGAACAGAAUAAGAAGAGCCAGAGCUACAAGAUGGAGUCAGGAUCUGGGGGAGUCAAAGCCAACAUUCCCAGGUUUUCUCUGGAGGACAAGAGGGAGACCGAAUAUGGCCCAUGCAGGAGAGAGAUGGAGAGCAUUCUGAACAGUCUUAAAAUCUCCAAUGUGCUCACCAAAGGCAUCCGCAUCCCCAACUGUGACAAAAAAGGCUUCUAUAAGAAAAAACAAUGCCGUCCAUCCAAAGGGAGGAAGCGAGGUUACUGCUGGUGUGUGGAUAAGUAUGGUCAGCCUCUCCCCAUCUACCAUGGAAAGGAGAGAGGAGAAUCCCAGUGCAACAACCUGGAGAACAAAUGAGAAGCAGAGAGAGUGGAUGGAUGGAGAGAAAAAACAAAGCAAGGAGG